AAAUAAAUCUCUGAUUACGUAUGCAUGUCACACUCGUGCGGGGGCUCCGUUAAGGACCUUCUGGCUGAUGCCAAUGGCGAGAAAAGACGCAACUUUGUGGAGACCAUCGAACUUCAGAUUGGUCUUAAGAACUACGAUACUCAAAAAGACAAGCGUUUCUCUGGUACCGUCAAGCUGCCUAAUGUCCCUCGCCCGCGCAUGUCCAUCUGUAUUCUUGCUGAUGCGGCGGACAUAGAUCGCGCCAAGCAAAUCGAGCUGGAGUACAAGUCAGUUGAUGACUUAAAAAAACUGAACAAGAAUAAGAAGCUCGUCAAGAAACUCGCCAAGAAGUAUGAUGCAUUCUUGGCGUCUGAAGCCUUGAUCAAGCAGAUUCCUCGUCUUCUUGGGCCCGGUCUCUCUAAAGCUGGAAAGUUCCCUACUCCUAUCUCUCACGCUGAGGAUCUAGCGAACAAGCUCAAUGAGGUCCGAUCAACGAUCAAGUUCCAACUCAAGAAAGUCCUUUGCUUGGGUGUUGCCGUUGGACAUGUCCAAAUGACUGACGACCAGGUCCUUGCGAACGUCAUGAUGAGUAUUAACUUUCUGGUUUCCCUUCUCAAGAAGAACUGGCAGAAUGUCCAGUCGUUGCAUAUCAAGAGCACGAUGGGCAAACCCAUUCGUCUAUUCUAAGCUGUCAUGGGUUGCUAGGGUGCAUAGUGUUAGAAUUGGGUGAGAGCGGAUCUGGCAUCGUAAUGCAAAACAAGAAGCCCCGCACGCUUUUACCAACGGCUUUAAAGGCCGAUUGGGAGCUGAUACGAUGCCACGAUUUUGAGCUUUCUUCUUAUUUCUCUCAUCGCGCAGACACAGCCUUCGUAGGACUUAGAUGUACCUGUUGCUAAUAUCAUGAUAUACAGAAGCUACGUAUGAUACUGAACUUUGUGGUUGCGAGGGCAGCCUGAGUAUCGUGGCAUUUAUUAACGUCACAGUUCAAGGAAAGGAUUCGAUGGUAG